CUCUCUCUCAUCGAUUUUGGUGGGAGCUUUCAGCAUAUAUAACGUGCUAUUUCGUGUUUUGGGUUCAUAAAAAGAUUCAAUUUUUCUUGAAUUCUUGAAGCCUAUCUUUGAUUUUCUCCUCUCCUGAUUCUGGGUUUUGAAGCUCAAGAAAAAUGGCAAAGCAAAGGUCAAAUGUCCCAAAAUUUGGCAACUGGGAAAACGAACAAAACGACGUUCCUUACACAGUUUACUUCAACAAUGCAAGGAAAAACAAGGGAGGAAAGAUGAUAAACCCGAACGAUCCACAAGAGAAUCCAGAUAUGUUCGCUCAUCUCGAACCUUCGCCUCUUGCUCCGGCCACUCCUCCUCCUCCUUAUGCGAAAUCGGGAGCCAGACAGGAGGAGCCGACUGGGAGGCGGGCUGUUAGGCCUGCCCCCGAGCAAAGAGACGGUGAUUUUGGGCAAUUUAAUAAAAAUGAGCCAAAUUAUGGUAGUGGCCGUGGUAACGGCCAAAGAUUUGGCCGCUCUGCACGGCCUAGUACUGCAAACUCAGAGUUAAGCUUUGAACGUUCGCCUCUCCAUCCUCAACCUCGCCCUCAAGCAAUCAAUGCUAUGGGGCGAGGCACUGGAUCCCCGGCUUGGGAAGGUUCUAGAGGCCACGAUAGUAGCCAUGGCACGCCUUCUAGGUCGCGCCUAAGGCCAACUCGCUCGGAUGAAGCGAAUGACAAAGGAGCGGCGAUUCCAAAAUUUGGGGCAUGGGAUGAGAACGACCCUCAGUCGGCUGAAAACUUCACGCACAUAUUCAACAAAGUGAGGGAGGAUCGAAACUAUGAGGGCGGGAAUGGGAACGGCCCGACUACUCCGAACCAUCAUACAUCAUACGCACGGGUGUCACGCUCCAACGAGCCUAAGAAAUGUUGCUUUCCUUGGUGGUAGAACAUCAACGCUCGAUUCUCCUUCGUUUUGCUUCCUCUUUCUCUAUGCAAAGAUUGCCUCACUUUUUGUCUAUUUUGGCAAUAAAUGUGAUUAGAUUCAUAAUUUGGUGCUUCAUCAUCGAUGUAAUUUUUUGAAUCAUUUUGAGUCAUUUCAUCUUACCAUGUUUUGGAAUGUAGAGUAGUUCUGUAGUUGUUUGUGUUAGAUGAUUCUCUUCUUUUCUA